UUUUUUAUGGCAAAAAUCGCGAUCACUAAAGCGCUUAAAGUACCGGUACACAUGUGAAUUUCUAAAUUGUUAUUUUGACAGCUGUAAUUCACAAACUUCAGGAUGGCAGAUGCUAUGAGGGCCCAAGUAGCUGCUUUGCUAAAGGGAAUUGAUAGAUAUAACCCUGAAAAUCUAGUAACUUUGGAAAAAUAUAUAAAUAUGCAGGCUCAAGAGAACACAUAUGACUUGGAAGCUAAUCUGGCUGUUUUGAAAUUAUACCAGUUCAAUCCAAUGCAUUACCAGACCACCGUAGCAGCUCAGGUUCUAUUAAAAGCUCUGACAAACCUGCCUCACACAGACUUCACAUUGUGUAAAUGUUUAAUAGACCUUAAUAAGCAAGAAGAAGAACCUAUCAUGAAGGUGAUGCAUAUUGCUGAGAUGUUGGAGAUGUGCCAGUUUAAAAGUUUCUGGGAAUGUCUGAAAAUAGACCAAGAUUUAAGUGCCAGUGUUCAUGUUAUUACAGGUUUCGAAGACAGUAUAAGAAAAUUUGUGUGUCAUGUUGUCAGUACCACAUACCAGACCAUACCAUUUGAUACACUAACAGAAUUACUAGGCAAUAUACCAGAAUCUCAAGUGAAACAAUGGAUUUCAAAAUAUGGCUGGUCCUUACAGAAUGAUGGAAAUAUUUACAUCACAAACCAAGAGGAAAAUAUCAAAACAAAAAAUAUCACAGAGAAAAUUACAUUUGAAAGUGUUGCAGGUAUUAUGGCAGCCUAUAAAUAAUUAAAGGACCUGUGAUUUAUGUGGACUAAUAUUAUAUGUGUCAUCUAGCUGUCAUGGAAAAAUUAGAAAAUCAGAAAAUGAUUAUUAAAAAAUCAUAAAA